AUGGUGGUGAUGACUCUGUUCUUGGUGGUCUUCUUGGUUUGUUCAUCACUGAGCCAACCUACGAUGGCAUUAACAUGUAAUCCCAUCGACUUAUCUUCGCUCCAGGGAUUCGCAGGAGCGUUGAAGAACAGGUCCGUAACAGAAUCUUGGCUAAACGGUUCGCGUUGCUGCGAAUGGGACGGUGUGUCCUGCGAUGUCUCCGGUCGAGUUUCAAAGCUAGUCCUAUCUGAAAAAGGUUUGGAAGGAUCGAUAUCGAGUUCUUUAUGCGAACUGAGCGAGCUUCGACUGCUUGAUCUCUCACGUAACCAGCUCAAAGGCGAAUUGCCUGCAGAGGUUUCAAACCUGAAGCAGCUUCAAGUUCUUGAUUUGAGCCAUAAUCUCUUGUCAGGGUCGGUUCUUGCAGCCGUUUCCGGUUUAAAACUGGUUCAGUCUCUUAACGUAAGCAACAAUCUGUUCCGAGAUGAGAUUCAUCAAGAGAUUUUCAGCUCAUUAAGUGAGAUUCAAGUUCUUGAUUUGUCGAUGAACCGCUUUCUUGGGAAUCUUGAUGGACUGUACAGUUGCAGCGGCUUAGAGCAACUCUCAGUCUCUGGAAACUACUUAACCGGAGAGCUGAGCAAGAACUUGAGCAACCUCUCUGCUCUCAAGUCUCUGCUGAUCUCCGAGAACCGAUUCUCCGGUGUGAUCCCGGAUGUUUUCGGUAACCUCACUCGGCUUGAACACCUCGACGUGAGCUCCAACAAGUUCUCAGGCGGGUUUCCGUCGAGCUUAACCCAAUCCAAGAAGCUGCGAGUUCUUGAUCUUAGGAACAACUCGUUAUCCGGUUCUCUCGACGACCUCAACUUCACUGGACUCACCGAUCUCUGCGUGCUCGACCUCGCAAGCAAUCACUUCUCCGGCCAUCUCCCAGACUCUCUCGGCCAUUGCCGCAAGAUCAAGAUCUUGAGCUUGGCCAAAAACGAGUUCACCGGAAAAAUCCCAAACACCUUCAAGAACUUAAAGUCUCUCUCCUUCCUCUCUUUAUCAAACAACAGCUUCGUGGACCUCUCCGAGGCAAUGAACGUGCUGCAGCAUUGUAGAAACCUUUCCACGCUCAUCCUCUCAAAGAACUUCAUGGCGGAGGAGAUGGCGGAGGACGUCACCGGAUUCGAAAGCCUCGCGAUCUUAGCCCUCGGAAACUGCGGUCUUAAAGGUCGGAUUCCGAGCUGGCUGUUGAACUGCAAGAAUCUUGAAGUUCUUGAUCUUUCUUGGAACCGCUUCUACGGAGCCAUCCCUCGCUGGAUCGACCAGAUGGAGAGUCUCUUCUACAUAGACUUCUCAAACAACACGUUGACCGGAGAAAUCCCGUUAGCCAUAACCGAGCUCAAGAGCUUGAUCCAUCUAAACUGCUCCGACUCUCAAACCACCGACGCUUUAAUCCCUCUCUACGUCAAGCGGAACAAGAGCUCGAGCGGUCUUCCUUACAGCCAAGUUUCAAGAUUCCCGCCGUCUAUCUAUCUGAACAAUAACCGACUCAACGGUACGAUCUUGCCGGAGAUCGGACGGUUGAAAGAGCUUCACAUGCUGGACUUGAGCAGGAACAACUUCACCGGGAAGAUACCAGACUCCAUCUCGGAGCUUGACAAUCUGGAGGUUCUUGAAUUGUCUUACAACCAUCUCAACGGGACGAUUCCUCUCUCGUUCCAGAGCCUCACGUUCUUGUCGAGGUUCAGCGUCGCGUAUAACCGUCUCGCCGGCGCGAUUCCCUCCGGUGGUCAGUUCUACAGCUUCCCUCACUCCAGCUUCGAAGGAAACUUGGGACUCUGUCGCGCGAUAGACUCUCCUUGCGACGUUCUGAUGAGUAACAACGUCUUGACACCGAAAGCUUCUUCUUCGGAUAACAAUGGCGGAAAGUUCGGGAGAGGAAGCAUUGUUGUACUCACCAUAAGUCUCGCCGUGGCGAUCACUCUGCUUCUCUCUGUUAUCUUACUAAGAAUCUCAAGAAAAGAUUCUUCCGAUGAUCGAAUCAACGACGUCGGCGAGGAAAUGAUGACUAGCGGAGAAGUUCCUAAACCUCCUCCGGGGACGUCGAAGAUUGUCCUUUUCCAUAGCUGCGGAUGCAAAGACCUCACCGUAGCGGAUCUCCUGAAGUCGACGAACAACUUCAGCCAAGCGAACAUUAUAGGAUGCGGCGGGUUUGGCCUAGUGUACAAGGCGAAUCUGCCGGACGGCUCGAAAGCCGCGGUGAAGCGGCUUUCCGGCGACUGCGGGCAGAUGGAACGGGAGUUCCAAGCGGAGGUGGAAGCCUUGUCGAGAGCUGAGCACAAGAAUCUCGUCUCUCUUCAAGGCUACUGCAAGCAUGGGAACGAUCGUCUCCUUAUCUACUCGUUUAUGGAGAACGGAAGCUUGGACUACUGGCUGCACGAGCGUGUUGUAGACGGUAACUUGACUCUUCUCAAGUGGGACGUGAGGUUGAAGAUAGCUCAAGGAGCGGCGCGUGGACUUGCUUACUUGCAUAAAGUCUGCGAGCCGAAUGUGAUCCAUAGAGACGUGAAGUCUAGUAACAUUCUGUUGGACGGGAGGUUCGAAGCUCAUCUUGCGGAUUUCGGGUUGGCGAGGUUGCUUAGGCCGUACGACACUCACGUCACGACUGAUUUGGUUGGGACUUUAGGUUAUAUACCUCCCGAGUAUAGCCAGUCUUUGAUCGCCACGUGUAGAGGAGAUGUUUACAGUUUCGGCGUUGUGCUUUUGGAGCUUGUGACUGGUCGUAGACCUGUGGAGGUUUGUAAAGGGAAGAGUUGUAGAGAUUUGGUGUCGAGGGUGUUUCAGAUGAAGGCUGAGAAGCGUGAGGCAGAGGUUAUCGAUGCGACGAUACGUGAGAGUGUGGAUGAGAGAGUGGUUUUGGAGAUGCUGGAGAUUGCUUGCAAGUGUAUUGAUCAUGAUCCUAGAAGAAGACCGUUGAUUGAAGAAGUCGUUGCUUGGCUUGAUGAUUUUCCAGUAGAGUGA